CGCGAGGAGCCUCCGCGCCGCCAGCAGAUCAUCCACAGCGGCCACUUCAUGGUGUCGUCGCCGCACCGCGAGCACCCGCCCAAGAAGGGCUACGACUUCGACACGGUCAACAAACAGACGUGCCAGACCUACAGCUUCGGCAAGACCAGCUCCUGCCACCUGUCCAUCGACGCCUCGCUCACCAAGCUCUUCGAGUGCAUGACCCUGGCCUACAGUGGGAAGUUGGUGUCACCCAAGUGGAAGAACUUCAAGGGCCUGAAGCUGCAGUGGAGGGACAAGAUCCGGCUCAACAACGCCAUCUGGCGGGCGUGGUACAUGCAGUAUUUGGAGAAGCGCCAGAACCCUGUGUGCCACUUUGUCACCCCGCUAGACGGCUCUGUGGAAGUAGACGAGCACCGCCGGCCAGAGGCCAUCACCACUGAGGGGAAGUACUGGAAGAGCCGCAUUGAGAUCGUGAUCAGGGAGUACCACAAGUGGAGGACCUACUUCAAGAAAAGGCUCCAGCAGCACAAGGAUGAGGACCUCUCCAGCUUGGCCCAGGACGAUGACAUGCUUUACUGGCCCAAACACGGGGAUGGCUGGAAGACCCCAGUCCCCAUGGAGGAGGACCCGCUGCUGGACACAGACAUGCUCAUGUCGGAGUUCAGUGACACCCUCUUCUCCACCCUUUCUUCACACCCUCCGGUGGCCUGGCCCAACCCACGGGAAAUAGCACAUCUGGGAAAUGCAGACAUGAUCCAGCCGGGGCUGAUUCCUCUGCAGCCCAAUCUGGAUUUCAUGGACACCUUCGAGCCUUUCCAGGACCUCUUCUCGGCCAGCCGCUCCAUCUUCGGCUCUGUGCCGCCCCCGCCUGUCUCAGCACCGGCCCCGGAUCCCAGCAGCUCACCUGCUCAGGAGAGCAUCCUGCCCACCGUGAGCCUCCCCGACAGCCUCAUCUCUCCCUCUGCGGGCCCCUCAGACAGGCAGGGCUGUGAUCGCACCUCCCAGGCUGGGGACCCCUUCCUGCAGCCCUCGGACUUUGGCCCCUCGGAGCCGCCACUGGGAGUCCCACAGCCCUUCCUCCCCGUCUUCCCCAUGCCCUUGCUGGCCCCCAGCCCUGCCCCGGCCCCUAGCCCACCCGAGUUACCCUCACCGCCUCCUCCUGCCCCUGCCCUGACGCCCCCAGCACCCCCUACCUUCCAGCAGCCUCAGAGGUUUGCAGGGCUCAGCAAGCCUCCCCCCGUCAUCACCCACACAGCCUCCACCACCCUCACCCAUGCCGCUGCUGCCACCACCUUCAGCCAGAGCCAGGGUCUCGUACUCACAGCCCACCAUCCUCCACCCUCGCCGUCCCCCUGUGCCCUCGCCCUGUCCCCUGUUCCCCAGCCACCAGCUGUCAGGUCACCCCAGGCUCGUUUAACUUUUGUACACCCCAAACCUGUGUCCUUGACUGGAGGGAGGCCCAAGCAGCCCCUCAAAAUAGUGCCUGCCCCCAAACCGGAGUCCGUGUCCUUGUUGCUGAAGAGUGCGCGCCUGGCCCCAGCCGCCUUCCCAGGCCAACCGCAAGCAGUGAUCAUGACUUCCGGCCCUCUGAAGAGAGAAGGGGUGCUCGCCUCCGCAGUGUCCCAGCCCAGUGUGGUCAUCGCACCUGCUGCCAUCCCCAGGAAUCCUGGAGUCGCCGAAUUCCACAGUGGCAUCCUGGUGACGGACCUCGGCCACAGUGCGAGCGGCCAGCCCGCCCCCGUCUCCCGGCUCUUCUCUCCAGGCACGGUGCAGGAUUCACUGGUGAAGGUGGAGCAGGCCCCACUUCGAGGGAGCAGUCCCCAGGUCCCUACCGCAGGACCCAGUCGCGAUGGCCUGAGCUCAGGCCAGGCUUCUCCGUGUACAUCGGAGCAGAGCCCCAGUCCUCAGUCUCCCCAGAACAACUGCUCAGGGAAAUCUGCAAACCCCAAAAACGUGGCUGCACUAAAGAACCAGCAGCUGAAGCACAUCUCGGCUGAGCAGAAGCGGCGCUUCAACAUCAAGAUGGGCUUUAACACCCUCAACAGCCUCAUCUCCAAUAACUCCAAGCCGAGCAGCCACGCCAUCACGCUGCAGAAGACCGUGGAGUACAUCACCAAGCUGCAGCAGGAGCGGAGCCAGAUGCAGGAGGAGGCCCGGCGACUGCGAGAGGAGAUCGAGGAGCUCAAUGCCACCAUCAUCUCCUGCCAGCAGCUGCUCCCCGCCACAGGGGUCUCUGUUGCCCCACACCAGGUUGAUCACAUGAGAGACAUGUUUGACGAGUAUGUGAAAAGCCGGACCCUGCAGAAUUGGAAGUUCUGGGUUUUCAGCAUCAUCAUCAAGCCGCUGUUUGAGUCCUUCAAGUGCAUGGUGUCCUCCAGCAGCCUGGAAGAGCUGCACCGCACGGCACUGUCCUGGCUGGACCAGCACUGCUCACUGCCUGUCCUUAGGCCGAUGGUGCUGAGCACCCUCCGGCAGCUGAGCACCACCACCGCCAUCCUGACGGACCCAUCCCAGCUGCCUGAGCAGGCAUCCAAGGCUGUCACCAGUAUUGGCCCGCAGUUGGGGGAAUCCUAGCUGUGUGGCCACAAGUGCCCCGAGACCGCUUCCUGCUCUCCUGACGCCCAGCCUCAGGUCCUCCCUCACCUUCCGGGCCGCGAGCCGUCAGGAUCUGCACUCAGGUCUGAAGCAGGCCAGGGCCUGCUCACAGCAAUAGCGCGCCUCGGGGACCUCGCCGUGGCCUCAUGCAGCAACCUCAGCCACUGCCCUCCCGCCCUGGAGCAAAGUACAGCUAUGCUUUUCUGUCCUGCCAGGAGGGAGCCUAUGGGAUAGAAGCAGCCUGCUCCUGCAAGCGGGACAUCCCAGUCCCUUUUGGCCCCAUCGUGAGACUUACAGACCUGUCCCUGUCACACCCUUGUCUACCUGAGCCCGCCUGGUGCCCUGCACAUACUCUGGCUGCCGAAAGCCAGAUGGAGGCAUCUGCCACCCUCCUAGCCCCAAAGCCUCAACCCCAGGGCCCUGACUCCUGGCCUGGCCUCGCCCGAGCCAUGGGAGAAAUGCCUUCCUGUCAUAGGCCCCAGCACGCCGCCGGGGUGGGCCCGCUGCUUUACCGUGACCCGCCUGGCCUCCCAGCCGAGGCCCUGCUGCAGCCCUGGGAAGAAACCCAGUUCUGGCUCUGGAAAGUCACACUCCAUGUUGCCACCAUCGGCCCGGUCAUCUCGUCUGUUUCAUUCAGCUGGGAGCCACAGACCAGGACAGUUUUCAGGUCAAAGAUGCCACCAUGCUGGCAGGCAGGACCCAGGGGCCUCCCAGGUCGGGCCGUGAAGCCUGCGCUCAGUCAGUGACAAGGCAGGGUGGCUCCUAUAUGCAUGCGGCAGGGGACACGAGCAGCAGGAAGGACCUGCUCGUGUUGGCGCCUCCCCAGUAGCUGCAGGUGGCAGGUGCACGCUCCACACUCAGGGAGCCCAUAAGGGCACCUCCUCCAUCUUGCUGUGACAUCCCCAGCAGCCGGCCGGCUCUCCUUCGUUCCUGUCCUCACUGUGCACUUCCCGUGUCCAGUGUCCCGAGAGUCAUGUGAAGAGAGGGCCUGGCUGCCCCUCACACUCUGAUCUGCUCAGAGGCUCCACUGGCUCCUGGAGGCCACAGCGCUGAGGCCUGGGUGGGCUGCCGGCUCCACCGUACCCCACUGUACCCCACUGGUGGAGGGCAGGAAGGCCGAGGCAGGUCUCUGGCUGCUGGCAGAGCCGAGUCCUGUCUGUGCUUCUGCCGGACGCGGGAGCAGCUGGGUGGCACCCCUCAGCCACCCCCGGAAUGUGUUUACAGGCUGAGGGGUGAGCAUGAGGGUGGGGGCCUUGGGAGUCCUGUGGCGGGUGGCGGUAGAGUUCACCCCGAGGACAGGCGCCAAGUCCCCUUUUAGAAGGUCAAGGCCCAUUAGCCUCAGAAGGAAAAGAAGAAAACCAAAUGUCUCCGAGGCCGGAGCCCAGGCCUCCCCCGCCUGUGCCUUGUGAUGCAGAUGGUGCCGUAGGCGCAGCCGGACUCUCCUGAUCCAUAGCUUUCUCCCUGGUGGGAGUGACUUCUUUCUAAACUCCGUGGGAUAUAAAAUCGGCCUGUUGCUUCUUUGGCCUACCUCUCCCUUUUGCUGACUUCGUGUUCCUGGGUCCGAGUUCCUCCGAUCUCCGGCUGUCAGGCUGUGAGACCCCUGUGUGCCUGCCUGCCUGCGUCCGUCUCCUGGUGGGCUGACCUAGCAGGAGUCUGUUCUCCAGACUGAGGUCGACUCGUUUCUCUUGGUGCUCGCUGUCGCCGUGCUGUCGUCCACUCGCCGUCCUCCCCCGCCUGGCUGAUCUCUGUCCUGGGCCGGCGUGUAGGGACAGCUGUCCCCGCGGGCACUGGCCCGCACUGCUCUCGGCCCGUUUACACUCACUUCCCCCGCCCUUGCCCACUGCCAUGCACCGAACAGGCGACAAGAACAGGACCCGAGAAGAUAAGAGCCACAGCCCGCGUAGGAUCUCGGCGUUUCUGUGAAAUCAGGGGCCAUCGGUGCCUGCGUUCUUUCACUAUGAGUGGGAGGCAGGCCAGGGCCCCGGGUUUCUGAGAGGUGGCGGCAGCGGGGGUCCCCUCAGGAGAGGCCGCCACAGCCCCAUGGUUUCUCAGCCCAGCCUCAGGUGUCAGCGCUGUGGGCCCUCACCCUACCUGCGCCCCCAAGGGAGGGCUCUGUUGUCACCCAGGCCUCGAACUCUUGUGACCACCUCCAUCCCGUUUCCUGUGCUUGUGGCCUGUCCCACGCCUAUGGCUUGUGUUCUGGUCAGGAGAGGUGUCUGCCUGGGCUCGGGACGCAGCUCGGCCUCUGCACCGCUCUGAUGGGACGGACUCGGGGGUCCUCUCCCCACCAUGUCUGACCUUUCGCCAUCUGGUCCCCAGGGUCUCUGCCUCAGCUGAGGCCUGCCCUCCUUCCCGGUGCCUUGCCCGGUACAGUGGUGCCCGGGAGGCCCUGGCAGAGCUGUGCCGCGCGCGGCGUGUGCUGUGGCCUCGCUAGGGAGCGCUGAU